AUGAUAUUCAGUUCAUGGAAUGUUAGGGGGUUGAGGGGAGAUGGGAAGUUGAGAAUGGUGAAGGACCUAAGGAAUAAACAUAGGGUACAAAUGUUAGGUCUGAUUGAAACUAAAAGGCAGAUAGUGACAAGAUUUGACGUUGCAAGAAUAUGGGGACAAGGUAGUCCAGGUUGGGAAUAUGUAGGCUCUGAUGGAGCAUCUGGUGGACUAUUGUUAAUUUGGGAUGAGGUGAUGUUUAAAUUAAAUAACUGCUAUAAGGGAGAGAGGUGGUUGUGUGUGGAAGGCAUGAUAUUAAAAAAUAGUUUCAACUGUGUGUUUGUCUUGAUAUAUGGUGCACAUGGUAGAGAUGAGAAGAUUCAUGUAUGGGAGGAGCUGAGCUUUAUAGUGGGGUUAUGUCAGGUUCCGUGCUGCUUUAUGGGAGACUUUAAUGAAAUAGUACAUGCAGAGGAACGUAGAGGUACUAUUGGUUUGACACGGUCUGCGGAAGAGUUUAAGUUUUGGAUACAGGACAUGAAAUUAGCGGAUCUGCCGCUCACUGACCGGAAGUUUACAUGGUUUCGCGGGCGUUCUUGCAGCCGCAUAGAUAGAGUUUUGGUUAGUUUGGAGUGGCUAGAAGAGUUCCCAGAGGCACAUUUGCAAGGUGGACCAAGGGGUUUGUCAGAUCACUGCCCAUUAAUAGUGGAGGGCAGGAAGCUGCGAGGUGGUCUGAGGCCGUUCCGGAGCCUUGAUUCGUGGUUUACGCACGAGGGUUUUCUCAGGAUGGUGAAGGAGGAAUGGAGAGGUUUGGGGGAGCUACAGUUCACAAACAAAUUGAAGGCGCUGACAGAACCACCGGGAAGAUGGCAUAAGGCAAAUUUCGGUGAGAAGGAUAAGAAGAUUAUAAAGUUUGAGGAAGAGAUCAAGAGGACUGAUGAUAUGGUAAGUAAUGGAGUGUAUGAUGAAACACUGGAGGCUAGAAGAAAGGCGUUGGUUAAGUGCUGUGAGCGAUGGUAUGUGAGAAAAGAAGUACAUUGGAAGCAGAUGUCGCGGUCUCGGCACAUGAACGAUAUGGACAGAAAUACAAGAUACUUCCACAAUAUAGCCUCAGCAAGAAGGCGGAACAAUAUGAUUGAUACUCUGGUUAUCAAUGGCAGGCUGGUUCGGAAUCAGGCUAGAAUAAAGGUUGCUAUCAGAGAGUUUUAUAAGAAUUUAUAUCAUCAGGAGGACUCUCCUAGUAUGGGAUUCAGAGAUGGAUUGGUGGUUCAAAUAGAUGAGGAGGAUGCAAUGGCUCUAGAAGUGAUGCCGUCAGCCGAGGAGAUCAGAGAGGCUGUGUGGGACUGA